AUGGCCCCCACCACAGCGGCACGUUUCCUCGCCUCUGCUACACGCCAAGUAUGCCGCAGCACGAGCAGCAGCGGUAGUUCGUCGUUGCUCGGGGCUGCGUCGACGCGUGGUGCGAGUGCGGCGGUCAUCAGGUCCCCCCAACUCGACGGGGCGAGUGCGAGUGCCGGAUCAACGAUCGCUCGUAGGGGCAAUGCGACCGCCGUCGAAGCACCGGGAACCAAGCAAUGGUCCAGGGAGGACGUUCAGCAAGUCUACGACACCCCCUUGAUGGAUCUCAUCUUCCGUGCGGUCAGUCGUCUCUCCUUCGAGCUCGCUCAGCUUCCGCCCUCGAACGAGCAGCCGCGAGCUACUUACUUCUCGACCCAUCGUUCGCGCGCCGGCCCCACCCCAUCCAACCCGGCUCAUGAAGCCGAGGCCCGAGCCUUACGAUCAGAAGCUGAUCCUUCAGUGUCACUGCGUUUAUGUAUAGGCUUCCGUGCACCGAGUGAACCACCCUUCGGACCAGGUACAGCUGUGCACGCUGCUCAACAUCAAGACCGGCGGCUGCGGCGAGGACUGCUCCUACUGCGCCCAAUCGUCCAAAUACUCGGACAAGGUCGGCUUGAAGGCCGAGAAGUUGACCGAGGUGGAACCCGUACUCGUGUGAGCCUACUCCAAGCUGUUUGAUUCUACUGUUGUGCUUGAUCCGACCGCUGAUCUCACGAUGCGCUUGUGCUCUGGCUUCCCCCACUCGUACCCCACCCCACCCCACCCCACCCCCAACGCUUUCCAUCCCGUCAAUUCGCCGUUAAUUCCUCGACCCUUGCUCGGACCACCUCCACCCACGCAACGAUCCACAGUGAGGCGAGAAAGGCAAAGGCCAAUGGAUCGACUCGAUUCUGCAUGGGUGCGGCUUGGCGCGAUCUGUCCGGUCGCAAGCGCGGGUUCGAGAGGAUCUUGAAGAUGGUCGAGGGUGUCCGGUGAGUCGAAUCUCGAACAGGCGUUCGUAGCGCACGCCGAAAAGUAUCGUGUAACUGAAGGUCGUAUAUACCUGCUAUCGACAGAGCCUUGGACAUGGAAGUGUGCACUACCCUCGGAAUGCUCAGCCCCGAACAAGCUCAGCAGCUCAAGAAGGCCGGGCUGACGGCGUACAACCACAACCUCGACACCUCGCGAGAGUACUACCCCAAGGUGAGCAUCCGCCAGUGUGCCUGGGAGCAUGCCACAUUAUCUCAUGCGGUAGUGUCUCACAGGUCAUCACGACCCGCAAGUACGACGAGCGAUUGGAGACACUCGCGGCGGUCCGAGAGGCAGGCAUCAGUGUCUGCAGUGGUGGCAUCAUCGGUCUUGGUGAAGACGAUGGUGACCGAGUUGGAUUGAUCUGGGAGAUGAGCCAGUGAGUGCAUCUUCAGAAGACGGGCUGUAGGCGAUGGAGAGGGUGACUGAAUGACUUCUCUGCGCCUACCGUCGAAAGACUUCCUGAGGCUCCCGAGUCGUUCCCAGUCAACGCGCUCGUUGCCAUCCCCGGUACACCGCUCGAGAAGAACGAUCGUGUCACCGUCACCGAGCUCCUUCGAACCAUCGCCACCGCUCGUAUCGUUCUUCCUACGUGAGUAGUUCACGACGUAUUCGGGGCUCGCGAAAGCAGUCGCUGAUUGGCCCUUUUGCACGUGUCGGCAGGUCCAUCAUCCGUUUCGCCGCCGGUCGAAUCAGUUACAGCGAGUCUGAGCAAGCCAUGUGCUUCAUGGCUGGAGCGAACGCCAUCUUCACCGUAAGUCUCAGUUGGGACGACGAAACGGUCAAAACUAGGCUGACAAAAUCCUUACCACACUUGAUCAUUCCGACAGGGCGAGCGCAUGUUGACGACUCCGACAUCAGGUUGGGACGAGGACAUCUCGAUGCUCACGCGCUGGGGUCUCAAGGGAAUGAAGUCGUUCGAGUCGGCGACGGUGAGGAUGAAGGAGGACGAGGCGGCGCUCAAAGCGACCGAGGAGAGGAAAGCGAUUGCCGAAGCCGAAUCGGCGCAAGCGCAGGCCCAGAUUUAG